AUGGCCAUGGCGACGAAAGCCGCGCGCGUCCUCCGCUGCUUGCCUGCAUGGAGCGCCGCCCUCUCCGCGGCCAGGCCGUGCGUCGUCGGCAAAGCUUCGUGGCUGGCGCCCAACACAAUCCGGAGAUUUCUCACCACGAACAAGGUGCACGGCCUCUUCAUCAACUACAUCGACCACGACCGGCCACACCUCUUCGCCCGCCCCUCCUCCAACUCCGUGAUCGACGCCAUGCUUGAGUUCCUGCCCGAUGACGACAAAGACAAGCGGCGCUGGUGGUGGUCGGUCCUGGACCACAGCAACGGCCUCCUCCUGUGCAACAUGGGAACCCCGGAGCUUUGCGUGUGCAACCCGGCGACAAGGCAAUGUACAUUUAUUCCUUGGGCCUGGCGGUGGGUGGGCGGUAUAUACCUUGCCUUUGAUCCAGCCGGGUCGCCCCACUACGAGGUGCUGGUGGUCCCUGCAGUGCCGGAGCCUGAGAAGCCACCAAAGCAAGCCAUCGGGAAAGGCAACGAAGAAAAGCCGCUAGACCGACUAUUUGCGGAUGAAGAUAAUGACCCGCGCCGCUUGAUGGAAUCAGAAUGGCCACCGACUCCAUGGAGGUUGAACAUGUUUUCAUCGAGGACUUGUCAGUGGGAGGAAAGGGAUUUCAUCCGCCAGGGAGAGCCGGCGGGAACAGUUGGAGACAUGCUCGUGGAUCGAGCGGAGCCAUCUGGGAUGGGGCCACGUCAGCGCUAUGCAGUGUAUUACCAAGGAGCGCUUUACGUGCACUGCCGAGGUUUCUUUGUUUUGAGGCUUUCACUAUCAGACAGUACAUACCAAGUGAUUAAAACACCAUCAUAUGGCGAGAAUGAUGUAUUUGUAAAACCUUAUCUAGGGAGGUCCGAGAAAGGGGUGUACUUUGGAGUAACUGAAGAGUCCCAACUACGUGUUUGGAUUCUUAGUGAAUUAAGUGAACAACAGAUGGAGUGGGUCUUAAAGUAUCAACAUGACCUUGCACACUAUGCCCAACAUGUAGGAAAAUAUGGCAGACAAAUGGAUGCACAUUGGAUUGUACAUGAUGCGCUUGACACAGAUCAUGAGGAUGGUGAUGUUGCUGCUAUAACUUUGCCAAAAGAGAGAUUUGACUGGGAUUCUGACAAUGAUGACUUUUUUACAAUGAAAUUGGAUGCCGAUGAAUACCCCAAACACUUUGAUAUUCUUGGAUUACAUCCUUACAAGGACGUUGUCUAUUUGACUACUGUAUUCGAAGUGGUGGGCUAUCAUUUGAAUACCUCAAAAGUUCAGUAUCUUGGCAACUCACGCCCAAGCCCAAAAAGUUACUACUAUGGCCAUUCAAAUGGCAUAUUUGAGGCAUUUGUAUAUACUCCAUGUAUGGUGGGUGAGCUUAUUGCAGGAAAUAUUGACCAGACCUCAUCUUGA